AUGGUCAAACUGGCAUUCGCGGAGAAUGAACGCGUGUUGUGUUAUCACGGACCUUUAAUUUAUGAAGCCAAGGUAAAAGAUUGGAAAGGUGAUGGACCAUCACACUCCAAAAAAGGUAUACAUUAUUGGGUACAUUACAAAGGAUGGAAACAAUCAUGGGAUGAAUGGGUACCAGAAGAUAGAUUAUUAAAAUUAAAUGAAGAUAACUUAAGGAAACAAAAAGAAUUAAAUGAAGCUAGAAGACUUAAAGAUAUUCCGGAGAAAUCGAUCAUCAAGGAUAAGUUAGGGAUCGGAUCUAGUUUAGAUAAAGGUAAGAAACCUGAAGGAAGAGGUACAAAAAGGAGUCGAGAUAUCGUGAUUGAAACUGAGGAAGAACCUUCAAAAAGACCCAAUAUUCGGAUCGUGAUUCCAGAACCGUUAAAGUUACAAUUAGUCGACGAUUGGGAAGCAGUGACACGGAAGAAUCAAGUUGUCACACUACCAAGAAAUCCGACAGUCAGUAUGAUCUUUCAAGAAUAUGAAACAUACGAAUCCAACUCAAAAACUUCAACAAAAUCCAAAAACCUACUACGUGAAGUAUUAGCCGGAAUCAAAGUUUACUUUGAUAAAUCUCUUGGUCAUUCUUUAUUAUAUCGAUAUGAACGUCAACAAUAUAUCGAGAUUCGUAAACGACCUGAAUUAGAGAAUAAAUUAAUGAGUGAUAUCUAUGGUGCAGAACAUUUGUUACGUUUGUUUGUUAAUCUUCCUGAAAUGAUCUCCCAUACUCCGAUGGAGCCAGAUGUAGUAGUGAUUGUUCGCGAACAUAUCUCAGAUAUGUUAGAGUGA